AACAGCCACAAAAGCAGACACACCAUCAGUCACUUAGCUCCUCCUUCACCUCUUGUCCUCCACCUUGGAAAAAGGCCUUGAGCACCAUGAGGGUCCUCAUCCUUGCCUGCCUGGCGGCCCUUGCCCUUGCAAUGGAGAAGGAAGAGCUCAGCAUAACCACUGAGACUGUAGAAAGACUUUCAAGCAGUGAGGAUUUCAUUGCACAGGUCAAUGAGCAAAAACCUAAGAAGUCUGAACAUGACAAACAGCAAGAAAAAGAGGAUGAACACCAGGAGAAAAUCCAGUCCCCUGUCCAGCCACAGGCUCUUGUCUAUCCUUUUGCUGAGCCCAUCCCCUACACUGUCCUUCCACAAAACAUCCUGCCUCUUGCUCAGCCUGCUAUGGUGCUGCCUGUCCUUCAGCCUGAAGUGAUUCAAGGUUCCAAUUCUAAGGCAACCAUCUUUCCUAAGCACCAUGUGAUGCCAUUUCAUAAAUCUCCAGUAGUGCCAUUUUUUCAACGCCCAAUCCAAAAUCUCCCACAGCUUUCUCUGCCUCUGCUCCAGCCCUUGGUGCACCAGGUGCCCCAGCCUCUUAUCCAGGCUCCCAUGCUUCCUACUCAGCCCCUGCUUUCCCUUCCUCAGCCCAAAGCCCUGCCUCUCUCCCAGCAAGUGAUCCCUUACUGGCAGAGAGAUACGCUCAACCAAAAGCCUCUGCUUGAGCCUACUCAGGUGUUUUACCCUGUGCCUGAACCUAUUGCUACAAUCUACAACUUACAACAAGUUUAAACGAUUUCAAAGUUAAUGUUUGUCUCUCA